CAAUCAGUGUGCCCAGACAGGGGAGAAGACCCAUCAUUCCAGUUUUGCGGUAGAAUCUGGGACGGCUGAGCACAUGUUUUGUAGGAGUUAGCACCGAUUAUGCCAGCAAUGUGCCUGGUGCAGCUCAGUGAAAGGGUUACAAAAUGUCUGCUUUUCAUUAACUGAUUCACAGACACCCCCUGACCUAGCACUGAGCCCAGCAAGACAGAGACGUAGCUGGGGGGAUUUUAAAGGCACAUGAUCAGAUUAUCCCCGUGAUCAGCAGCGCUGUAGCAUGAAGCUGAGGAGGCAGCGAGGAUCUGCCUGACACUUUCUCUUCUGCUCCUUCCCUUGGGAGACUGCGGGGCUUCCGAGCGUAAGGAUGGCUUCCCCCAGGCUGGAGACUUUCUGCUGCCCCAACAGGGAUCCAGCUACUCAGUUAGUGCUUGAUUUCCAGCCUCAGAUCUAUGGCUCGCUGUGUAUCGGCAGUGGCUUGGUGAGUCUCCUGCUGACCAUUGUCCAGCUGCUGCCCAAGACAAAGCAGGGUUACAGGAGGCUAGGGAGAGCCAUGCUGCCAAAACCUUCCUCGUCCAGAAUCUUGUUUCUAGUUAUUAUCUGUGACCUGCUGGGCUGCCUAGGCAUUUUAAUUCGAUCAUCAGUUUGGAUUUCAUCCCCAGGUUUCAUUAGUAAUAUGUCACUAAUGAACACGUCAGACAUCUGGCCUUCAACUUUUUGUGUUGGAAGUGCGAUGUGGAUACAGCUGUUUUACAGUGCAAGUUUCUGGUGGUUAUUUUGCUAUGCAAUUGAUGCUUACCUGGUGGUUCGCAGAUCAGCAGGAAUAAGCACAAUUGUUUUGUAUCACAUGAUGACAUGGGGCCUGGCACUGAUGCUCUGCAUCGAAGGUGUGGCUAUGCUUUAUUAUCCUUCCGUUUCCAAUUGUGAAAACGGACUAGAACAUGCAAUCCCUCAUUAUGUCACAACCUAUGCGCCACUUCUUAUUGUAAUGUUCGCUAAUCCAAUCCUCUUUAGGAGAACAGUCGCUGCAGUUGCUUCUUUACUGAAAGGAAGACAAGGGAUUUAUACAGAAAAUGAAAGACGGCUGGGGACAGAAAUUCAGCUCCGUUUUUUCAAGAUUAUGUUGGUGUUUAUGAUCUGUUGGACAGCCAAUAUUAUCAAUGAGACCCUUUUGUUCUACCUGGAAAUGCAGCCAGACAUCAACACAGAUCAGCUGAAAAAUGUCAGGAAUGCUGCUCUCAUCACAUGGUUUAUAAUGGGUAUACUGAAUCCAAUGCAAGGCUUUCUCUUCACUCUGGCUUUCUAUGGGUGGACAGGAUGGAAUGUUGAUUUUAAUUUCAGACAGAAGGAAACAGCUUGGGAACGAGUGUCCACAUCUACAAUAACUGAAACUGCACACAAUGGCACCAAUGGAUCUUUCCUGGAUUACCCUGGCUAUAUACAGAACCAAAACAAGACUGAAAUUGGAAACAGCCAACAAACAGAUGAAGCUCUGAGCAUACUGUCUGAAGGUUCUGAUGCUAGCACAAUUGAGAUCCACAUAUCCAAUGAGCUGCCAAACUUAGAUGACAUUGAGGCUGAUGAGGAAUCUCUGGAAAACGAGGAAGCCUAAAACCGGUGAACAUAUUUUCAAAGUAGAUCGUUAUCAGUAUCCUGAUGCUUGGUUGUCCUAUAAGGAAAAUAACCACGUGUUAUUAGUCUUCCUAGUUUCAGUUUUAUACAUGCACCCCAUCUGUAUGUGGCACUUUCACUUUAUAGCUUAGUAAUACAAAAAACAGAAAAUAAAAAUGCACUGUUGAAGGUUUAAGUAACCUUUAAAAUGAAGAGUUCAGAGUCUCAGAUCAAAUUCUGACACAAUUUGUGACUGGUUGUGUUUUUCUAUUUUUAAUAUUCUGUGGUUGCCAAAUAAAACUGUAUACAUUCUUGGUUU